GGAAAGUGUUAAAAAAGACAGGCUGUAUUUUUAAAACAAUUUGCAUUAAUGUUUUUAUAACCGUGUUUCUUUUUUGUAUGUAUUAGUAGAGUUUUUUUUUCUUUUUCAUUUUUACUUAUAGAAUACCAAACAUAAAAAUUGGAGAUCACCGUUCUGUCAAUUAUUUACAUCGGGCUCGAUGUCGUUAUUAAAAUCGGGGUCGACAUCCAAAUCUGUAAAGAAGCAGUGAAAAAUAGCAGGGAAAACUCCGAAAAGAAUAGCAGUAUGUAUUUUUAGUGACAACACCAGGGACAUUCAGAAACCAAGCAAUGUCACUUUGUUUGAAUUGGAGCAUUUCCAAAGCAAUAUCACACAGUGCUUUCAUAGAUUUUGGUGUUAAAGAAUGACAAACAAAAUGAUAUCAGAAACAGGAAAGACUUCAGUGGGUGCUGCAGUGCCCCAUCCAAACAUCAUUGAAAUGCACAUGUUAGACUUAUACAAGUUCUUUCCUACCAUGACAUGUUCGUCUUGUGCGAUGAGAGUGAUCUACUACCCGUUUACAAAGGUCACGAUUCUCCAGCAGCAACAGAAAGAGAAAGAAAAACUUUACAAAAAUGUAACAGAUGCCUUUGCAAAGAUAUAUCGUCGACAGGGUAUUGGUGGUCUCUUCAGAGGUGUAACAUUCCGAGCAUUUGGACAGACUCUUUCUUCACUGACAUAUGUUAGCACAUACGAGUGUGUGAGGGAACUCACAUCGCAUCCAUUUAUAGCCGGGUUCUCUGCCUCAUGCACAGCCUCUUUCAUAAACUGUCCAUUUGAUGUGGUGAACCAGUAUGUGAUUCUUUUAUCAAAGCAGGCCACUAGUCAACAGGAGGUCCAAAUUCUUAAAAGCCUCCAACCUUUAAGAUUCCCAAAAGAGGUCAGGCAUGGUGGACGAUGGAUUUUGGAGAGUUCAGUGAUUAAAGAUGUUGGAAAUCGGCAUGGAUUAAAAGGGUUCUGGAGAGCCCUGCCAUUGCUGAUGGUAAACAAUGGACUUCACAGUGCUAUGUGGUGGUCCUCAUUUGAGUUUGUUUCAGGUAUUAUGGCCAAUAUGUAUCCCGAGUCUUCCCGAGUACUGAGGAAUACUGCUAGUGGUGUCCUUUCAGGAUUCGGAGUAGCGAUUAUUACAAAUAGUUUAUCCAUUACCACCACAAGAGCACAGGUGAGCCAGGCCAGUAUUCGAAUAGCUGCCUUGAAUUUGUACAAAGAUGAGGGACCUCUGAUAUUUUUUACCAAGGGGCUGCGUCCCCGAGUGAUACAAAACAUUCUCUUCUCAUUCCUAGCCACUCUGGUGUAUGACUCUGUGAAACAGUUUUCCUUGAAAGAGGAAUACAAAUCGCAGGUAACCUGGUGACGAAAAUUCACAUGUAGAUAACAAAAAGACUAUUUAUCUAGCAUCACACACUCCCUUUUGUAAUUUGUUUGGUACAUAUAGGUAAUGUACAUAUCAAAUGGUAUUUUUAAACUAUGAAUUAUUUGUUUUGUUUCUACUCUUAUCUGUGAAGAUGUGAUUGUAUGCGAGAUGAAAAAAAAUCCCAGUAUUUUUAUUUUCUGACUGCUUAUAAUGGGUAAUCAGAGUAAUAGGUUGUUGAAAAAUAGGAAUUCCUUAGUGUCACAUAGACACUUACAACUGAUGGUAUACUAGUCAUGAUUUUAAUCUGAUAAUGUACAAAGUCCUGUAUUUUGUGCUGCUCUUCUCAGAUAAAAAAGACCUAUAGGAUUGCAGAAACUUGCACUCAGAUUUCUGGGGAAGAAUUAUGAUUGUAAUGAAUGCCGUUUUCUAUGAACACUGUAUAUUUUGUUAAAUUGAGGAGAAAUCCAGAUUAGAAAGAACUAUUACAGUACAAUAUAUGUCAUGUAUGGAAGGUUUGAAUUUGAUUUUGAAAGCUUGUUUAAAAAUUCACUGAUUCAGAAAUAUUUCAAUUGUUUUACCUCUGCUCAGAGGUUUUUCUUUUUAUGAGAAAAUAGUUUCUAAGUGCAGAAGAAGUAUUUGUCCAAAAGAGUUCUGAACAUAGAUAUGAAAGUAUGAUAAAGCAUUUCUGUCUUCCAAGAGUGGAUACAAUGCACCAGUGAUAUAUUUGUCCUAUGAUUUAAAGGGGCAUUAGCAGUCAGCCAGGGAGUAAAACUUGAUAGGUCCGAAAAGUAAAUAUCAUACAGAAAGGUACAAAAUGUAUGACCUUCAAUCAAAUUUUGUGAAAAUGGUUUGUUUGAAAUGUCUCCAUAGGGAUUAUAUAUUUUAACACAAUGUAUUAGCCAAUGUUUCUAUGUACACAGAAAUCAAUUUUAUGUCAAAAUUAAAACCAAAUGUUACAGGAUGUAUAAAUUUUAAUGUAUUUCAUGUCUGAUAUUUUUAUGAGAUGUAAAGUUUUAGUAAUUUGAUCCUGACUUUGGCAGCUGAUUUUCACACAAAUCCCAUAAGGCAAUUCUCAAUGCUUUAACACUUCAAAUGUUUUGACCAAUGUCAAAUUUUUUCAGAAGUAGGUCACACAUCUUUAUUACAUUGUAUUUUUAAUUAAGGACAUGUAUAUUAUGUAUUCUGCUUUAUAUAUCUUAUGGAGAAAGAAAUUUUAACUGGACUUAUUUUAAGUUGCUUAAAUAUGUUUUGAGCUUCUAGGAUUUGAGGUUGUCACAGGUUUGUGUUGAUUUUUGCAUCCUUUAUAAUACAUAAUUGUGGAAGGUUUUCUAGUGUUUUAUGUGGGAGACAUUUUGUUUUUUGUCUCUCUGUAUGUCCAUCUGGCCAUAACUGCGCACUUUUUAUGAUUUUGAGCAAGUUAGAAACUGUCGUGUUUGGCCAUGUAAAAUGAUAAGGUAGAAAAGCGUGACUUUGUCAGAAAGGUGAAAUCAUAUGCUAGGAUCCCUAUCUUGCUUUUAACUUUCGAACUAUUGCAGUGUACAAAAUGUUCAACCUUCAUUUAGUGAAAGUCACGGUAAAACUUUAUUUGGUCAAGGCUAGCUUCCUAGUUACUUCUCAUGUUAUGCAACACUCUUGUUUCAUAUAGACAAUGAUUCAACAUUUGAGAAAGACUUGGUACUGCAUGGUACAUGAUGCAUGUAUCAAUUUAUAGAUAGCAAAGGUUUACUGUACAGGUUACAAUUAACGGUAUUGUAUUUGAAAUUUAGAAAUAAAAUUUGUCUCCACAA